CUGUCUCAAUCAUUUGCCAGACGGCGGCGCGUGCACAACACAAAACACGGGCAGUUCCACAAUUUCCGAGCUGACACUUCGAUGGCCAACCUGAUGCUGCUCGUCGUCGUGACGCUGGCGCUGCUGAGCUGCGCCGAGUCACAGAUCCCCUACAGCUAUCCGCGCCCGAAAAUACCCUUCCGCCCGCCCGCACCGAACCCAGAGCCAGCCACCAAGUACGUGGUGCAGACCCUUGGACGCACCUAUGAGCUGCAAUCGCAGAAGUCGCCAGCGGUCUACACGGCACAUCAAACGUACACGGUGCCCAAUCGUCAGCUGCAGCAACAGCAGCAGCGACAGUUGCAACAACAGCAGAAACUGCAACAGCAGCGUCAACUGCAGUACCAGCAACAGCAGCAACGCCAACAACAGCAGCAGCAGCAGCAGCAGUUGAACUCGGCUCAUAACAAUCCAUUGCUGGUUAACCGCCAGCCUCAGUUCUUGGCUCUCGCACCACCGCGGCCUGCCACUGUCCAGGAACUCAACUUCAAUUACCUCCCGCCUCUGCCGCAGCCGCAGCCGCAGCAACCGUUUGUUGCCAGCUACUACAGACAGCCGCAGCCGGUGACAGCGACCAGAGCACAGGUGCAGCCAGUGGUCACUUAUGUGCCACCGCCGGCACCACCGCAGCCGGAGCAGUCCGACAGCAAUCCACUGCCCUAUGCCGUUGUCACACUGCCCAAUGGCCAGCAAGUGCAGGACGCCGGUCAUGGCAAUGGCCCAGUGCUGGCCGUGAUUGAGCAGCAGGCGCCGCCCAAACGCGCCGGCGACUACAGCGGGCAGUCGCAGAGCGCCAUGCUGGAUGCCUACGACUACAAGCAGUCGGUGGCAGGUGAGUCGCGCGGCUAUAAGCGCCUCGUGACCAACUGCGAGCCCAACGGACAGUGCCAGCAGCUGCAGCUGGAGCCGGGUCAGAUCGAUGCCAACCACUUUGAGGUGCUGAAGAAGGCUCGGGCCAAAACGGUCAGCCUCAAGGAUAACUCCCAGGAUAUCCAAGCGUCGCAGGGUGCAGAGGCGACCCCCAAUGGUCAAAGCUCACCGCACGACAGACGCACAUAUCAGCACUUGCAUGAGCAGCUGGAUGUGUAUCCCUAUAACUAAAUCAAAUUUAUUGCCUAAAGUACCAUUAAGAGGAAUAUUCUAAAUACAUAU